GGCGAGCGCUCGUUGAUGCCAGGCUGAUACCAGGUUGAUAAUAUCCUCAUCGAUCCCUUGCACGUGCGGGGCCGCCAUUGCGGCGCUGGGGUUUCGCUCUGAAUUGAUAAUCCGGUUAUCGUCCGGAUACCAUUCGUGUUCUGUGGUCAUAUUCCAAAUGAGCGCCCACGUAGACGAUCUCCUCUUCGACGACGACGACGACGAUGACAUGGGUGGCGUCGAGGCCAUGCAGGGCUUCGUCCACCCGCCGGCGACGCUGCUUCAGCCGCCUGCGUCCAUCGUCCAGCCACCCGCGUCGCUUGUCCAGCCACCCUCGUCGCUUGUCCAGCCACCCGCGUCGCUUGUCCAGCCACCUGCGUCGCUUGUGCAGCCGCCAGCCUCGCUUGUGCAGCCGCCAGCCUCGCUCGUGCAGCCGCCUCCGUCGCUGAUCCAGCCACCAGCGUCGAUCGGUAUUACGGCGCCGCCAAUCGCGGCAACGCCCAUUGCGUACCAGCCGUCGCCGCCCACACAGGCGCUUCCGGACGACAAGUUGCGCAAGCUCUUCCAGAUCAUCCAGACACGCAUCAAGGACAAGUACCUUCCGAUCUACAACGAAGUCAAGGCGCAAGGCACGCCGUUAAAGUCGGACAUGACGGCGAUCCUCGAAGUCGUCAAGAAACACAUUGGCGAGCCGAUGCUCAUGUCACUCAUGCAGGAAAUCGGCGGCUUCCCCAUGAACCGCGUCGUCGGUGGCUUUGGCGACGUUCUCAAGACGGAGCCCGCGCGGUUCGCGUCGCCGCCGCUGCAGCCCGCGCCAACCGUCCGCACGCCGCCGGCCGAGCCCGCGCGUCCGUCCGCGAACGAGUCGGAGAAGAUUCGCUUUGCGCGCCACUUGCUCAGCCACGCGUCGACGUGUGUCGUGACGACGGGCACGUGCCAAAUCAAAAAGUGCGACGAUAUCAAGCGCUUCUUCAAGCACAGCACUGCGUGUAAGCUCGGGCGCGACUGUUCGCACUGUGAGCAAUUGCGCACGCUCGUGAAACUGCACGCUGAAGACUGCUCGGUGGCGACGCUGAGCCGGUGCCCGAUUCCGUUUUGCGACGACAUUCGCAAGGCCCACGCCAGCCGCGGCGGGGCCAAGGCACCGGUCAAGCCAGCGUCCCCGCCCAAGACCAUCACCAAGCUUCAGCAGCGCCAGGCUGCGGACGAAGACGACGCGCCGUCCAAGAACCAGCAGCAGGUGCCGCAGGUGAAAGCGAGUCCACCGCCGCCCAAGAUGGCGCCGCAAGCCGCCGAGUACGGUCGGAUUCUGCAGCUCAUUCUGCACUGCAAACACUGCAUGGUGCCAAAGUGCGCGUACAAUGGCUGUAUCGAAGCCAAGAGCCACAUGCUCGAGAUGCGGAAUCCCGAGACGAUGGUGCCCCGGGCGCUGACGUUCCGUCAAGUGUACAAGCACUACGAAGCGUGCAAGAACGACGCGUGCCCCGUGUGCACGAUGGGCCGUCAGCAGCUCGCGAUGGAUGCCGCGCCGUCGACGCCCGCGGGCAAGAUCACGCCGCGCAGCACACCGACGCUCCACGUGCCGACCUCAAGCUCGCCGCGGUCGCCGACGCAUGGCAUUGCCAAGAAGAAGACGCCCAAGAACCCAGCCGCGGCGGUCGCGCGACCGGACCCGACCAAGUCCAUGUACGGCUUGCCGUCGGCCAUCGACACCUCGUCGGCCACUAUGCACAGCAAUGGCACCGAGUACGAGGACCUCGUGCCGACGAACGCCAACGAUCUGCGCCGCGAAGCCGACGUGCUCACGCACACCAAUAUCGAUCCGACGCAGGAGAAGCGCAUUAUGCUCGCAGGCGUCCCGAAAGCCAACUUGCUCGCGUCCAAGAAGGAGACGUGGAUGUACAACGACGUGUUCCAAUCGCACGUGCUCCAGCAGACGAUGCAGAAGGCGCUUAUGCAAGCCGGCGUGCACGCGACGGACGAAGCGAGCGACAUGAUGGGCCUCGCGCUGCACGAGUACCUCAAGCAGAUCUUGGAGGAAAUGGUCCAAGUGUCCAAGCAGCGCUGCGAUACGCACGCACUGCUGUUGCCGUCCACGAAUGGCGCCGCGACCUUGACGGCGGUCGACAUUCUCAAGGCGAGCACGGACGACUCGUUUACCAAGAUGCGCCAGUUGGACUUGGAUUUACGCGCCGAGCUUCUCGAAGAGGCCAAGAAGGAGGAGUCGACCGAGAAGGACAAGGGCGGGAAGCGGCGGAAGGCCAAGGUCGCCAAGACCAGCGCGACGUCCGCGCCGAACCGCAGCGUCCUGGACGGCAAGGACGAAGAUGACAUGGAUAUCGAAGAGCUCGCGCGGAAGGACCUGAAGGCCAAGCUCGUCUUGGAAGGCGCGGUGAUUGAUGGCCGCGUGAACGCGUCGAUUUCAUCGCGCCGCCCCAAGGCGGUCGAGAACCAGAUCACGAUCGAGGACGCCGAGUACUGGCUUCGGUCUCAGAAGCCGUACGUCGACGCCAAGCUCUUUUGCCGGGCCCAAGCCGCGCGGAUCCAGACCAAGUCGCUGCAAUAAGUUUCCUAAGAAGAUCGCCAUGUGCCACCCGUCGCGCGUCAUUCUAUCUUAGGGGUAGGUCGGUCUGCCGGAUUCGACCCGCGCAUACAAACUCUCAUACAACCCGAUCAGACGGCAC